UUCUCAAUUCAGUUGAGGCCAUGCCAUCAAAAUCGUAGCUUCACUCUCUCCCAAUCAUCACAAAGCUCCAAUCUUUCUCUGUCUCUCCCCCCGUCCCAUGGCCGCGUUCUUGCAAACGCUGCAGCGGCGGCGCAGGCGAAGCAAUGCCGCCGUCGCCGGCGCCGCGUUCUUGGCUCUCGCCGCCGUCUUCUCCGUGCGCCUCGCCACGCGCAAUGGGAUCGAGAUCUUCAGAGGUGUUGGUCGGGUUGCGGUGGCGAGCUCGUCGUCGCCGGAGCCGGACAACUCGUCCCCCGGUGGGUGCCGGGAGAUGCAGUCGCUGGGCGAUCAUGGCGCGAGGUGCCGGUACGUGCGGAAGCACCCGCCGUGCGCGCCGGAGGGGUACGUGGACUACCUCCGGCUGCUGUACUGCGGGUUCGGGCGGGAGCCAUGGCUGGGCUACGCGGUGCUCGCGCUGUGGCUGCUCGUGCUCUUCUACCUCCUCGGCGACACGGCGUCCGAGUACUUCUGCGCCUCGCUCGAGGGGCUCUCCUCCGUGCUCCGCCUCCCGCCGGCGAUCGCGGGCGUCACGCUGCUGUCCCUCGGGAACGGCGCGCCCGACGUGCUGUCCAGCGUCGUGGCGUUCGCCUCCGGCGGCGAGGAGGCCGGGGACGUCGGGCUCAGCGGCGUGCUCGGCGGCGCGCUGUUCGUGUCCACGGUCGUCGCCGGCGUGGUCGCCAUCGUCGCCGGGCGUCGAGGACCGGUCACCAUCGAGCGGCGCGGGUUCGUGCGCGACGUGUGCUUCCUCCUGGUGGCGCUCGGCUACCUUCUCGCCGUGCUGCUCACCGGCGCCAUCACCGUCUGGGCCGCCGCGUCGUUCCUCUCCCUCUACGCCGGCUACGUCCUCCUCGUCUGGACCUCCCACUGCUGCGCCGCCUCCGCCGAAGAAGAGGAAGCCAUCAAGCACCCGGUCUCCUCCCUCGUCGCGCCUUUCCUCCUCGACGACGACGGCGACGCGUCACCUCCUCCGCUCCCCGUCUCGUACAAGCCCGCCGUGGCCGCGCCAAGAACCUUCGCGCGGCGCCUCAUCGACCUCCUCCACUCGCCGCUCUACCUCCCGCGUCGCCUGACCGUCCCCGACAUCGCCGUGCACCGGUGGUCCAAGCCCAACGCGGUGGCCUCCGCGCUGCUCUCUCCUCUCCUCCUCGCCGCCAUCUCCUUGCCCACCACCCCCGUCAUCAUCCUCUCCGCCGCGCUGGCCGGAGUCCUCCUCGCCGCCGUCGCGACGCUCACCACGGACGCCGCCUCCCCGCCCAAGAGCCGGUGGGCGCGCCUCCCCUGGCUCGCCGGCGGGUUCCUCAUGUCGGUGCUCUGGUCCUACGUCCUGGCGCGCGAGCUCGUGUCCCUGCUGGUCUCCAUCGGCGUGGCGGCCGGCGUGGAGGCCGGCGUGCUGGGCGCGACGGUGCUGGCGUGGGGGAACUCGCUGGGGGACCUGGUGGCGGACGUGGCGCUGGCCAUGCACGGCGGGGCCGAGACGGCGGUAGCCGGCUGCUACGCGGGGCCGGCGUUCAACACGGUGGUGGGGCUCGGGCUGUCGCUGACGCUGGCGGCCGGGGCGCGCCACCCGGAGCCGUACGCGAUCCCGGCGGGCGUGGCGGUGUACGUGGCCGUGGGGUUCCUCGCCGCCGCGCUGGCGUGGGCGCUGGUGGUGCUGCCGGCGAGGGGGAUGAGGCUGGACGCGGUGCUCGGCGUGGGCCUCCUCGUCAUCUACUUCGUCUUCCUCUGCGUCAGGCUCGCCAUUCUCACGCCAUUGCAUUGAUCAUAAAACAAAAUAUAUACUACUAGAAUUUUUUUCUUCCCUUCUUUUUCUUUGCAGAUUGCAAAUAUGCAAUGCAAAGUUUGAUGUUAGGUGUUGGGGUUGGUUUCAAGAGUUAAUUAAUUGGAUGGUUAAUUAUUAAUUUACAUGGUAUUUAGUUCAUGCAGAAAUGCAGAUGCAUAUAUGAUAUAUGCAGUGCAUGUAGUAUAUGGUUUGUCAUUCUCUAGCAGUAUCUAUCUCCUUCUGAAGUGUACAUAGAUGCAAUUGUAUACGACACCUUCAGCCUCGUCACUUCAUUUUAUAUUUAUAA